AUGAUAUGGAGGGGAUUGGAACACCUGAAUCACAUGAUAUGGAGGGGAUUGGAACACCUGAAUCACAUGAUUGGGAGGGGAUUGGAACACCUGAAUCACAUGAUAUGGAGGGGAUUGGAACACCUGAAUCACAUGAUAUGGAGGGGAUUGGAACACCUGAAUCACAUGAUUGGGAGGGGAUUGGAACACCUGAAUCACAUGAUAUGGAGGGGAUUGGAACACCUGAAUCACAUGAUAUGGAGGGGAUUGGAACACCUGAAUCACAUGACAUGGAGGGGAUUGGAACACCUGAAUCACAUGACAUGGAGGGGAUUGGAACAUCUGAAUCACAUGAUUUGGAGGGGAUUGGGAUACCUGAAUCACAUGAUAUGGAGGGGAUUGGAACACCUGAAUCACAUGAUUGGGAGGGGAUUGGAACACCUGAAUCACAUGAUAUGGAGGGGACUGGAACACCUGAAUCACAUGAUAUGGAGAGGAUUGGAACACCUGAAUCACAUGAUAUGGAGGGGAUUGGAACACCUGAAUCACAUGAUAUGGAGGGGA